CAUUCGUAGUCCAAACAGGGAUUGUGGCUCAUAGAAUUUAAGAAGCUAAGAGGAGAAGAGUAGGUAACAUAAAAUUUUAUAGAGAAAACAUUUUAAUCCGAUUAUUUCAGAAGCACCUAGAACUAAGGCAAAGAUCUAUAUGAGUUUGGUCUUUCCUCUCGCUGCAAAAACUCUCGGAAAUCAAGGAUUUUGGGAGGGAAUUUAGGGUUUCUGGGAUAAAAAUCGACGUAAAUAAUUAUUUUUAAAAUCAAAAUUAUAAUGGCUGCUCCGCCGCAGAAAGAUGUGGAGACGUUUAUGAGCAUCACGGGCGCAUCGGAAGAAGUAGCAGUGCAGAGACUGCAGGCAAAGUGGAUGAACCUGAAGGCUGUUGCAUUAUUGAAUUAAAGUAAAGGUUCCUGCCUGUAAAAUCUCGUUCCAACAUAAUGGAUUAAAGAAUUGAUAAGUACAUGGUGGAGAUCUUAAUGAAGCUGUGAAUGCUUAUUUUAAUGAAGGAGAUAAUGUUUUGUCCCGACCAGAACGCAUUGAGGCUCACCAAGCUGAUUGGAUGGAUGUGGAUGAAAGUGCAGAAAUUCGUGACCCGUUCGAUCCUUUGGCAAAUAUAAAUCCGUUUAGUCUCCCACACACAGGGCUUGGUCGAAUGCCUUUUAGGAAUUUUGAACCAUUUGUCUCUCAUCCAAGAAAUAUGAGAAGCAUUCCAAUAGAGUCAAAUGAUGAGCAGGACCAAAUAGUAGACCGCAAUACUGUGCCUGUCAUUGAGGAGUUACCUGCUAGUGUCAAUACACAGGGUGCAGAAAUUAGAGGGACAGUGAUAUUGGAUGAUGAUGACCAUCCAAGUACUGCAUCAUCCAUCUUUAGAGAAAUCCCAAAUGCACAGGGAGGGAAUUACGAAUCUAGCAGAUAUCCUUAUGGAAGAGACUUUAGGCCAACUGCUCCACAGGUUACAGAAGAACCUGUGGCAUCUAAUGAUGAAGGAAAUGACAUAGAAGAAGAGAUGCUGCAAGCUGUAAUUGAAGCAUCAAGAAGGGAAGCAGAGGAAGCUACUAGGAGGCAGCAGCAGGGCAUAAAUGAAGAUCAAAUUGGUUCUCGAGUCGAACAGAGUACUCCCAGACUAGAGGAUGAUGACUUUGAAAGGGCAGUAUCACUGUCCUUGAAGACAGCAGAGCAAGAAAAGGCACGGCGUGAACGUGAAGGUGGAGUAGAAUUGGCUGAUUCAACCAAUGUUGGUACAUCUAGUCAGCUAAAAUUGGAAGGAGACACAGAAAGACAACAUAAGAGUGCUGACGUAUUUGAUGCUGGUCCCCUGGAGGAGAAUGAAGAACCAGAGGAAUUGCCUUUGCUUAGGCGCAGAUCAAUAAGACGCUCUACGUCGGGUGCUGCAGAAACUGCAACAGAAGUAGGUCAGGAAUUAGAUGGUCCAGCAUCUAGCCCAGGAUCUCAGAGCAUUGCUAGUGCAUCUCAGCUUAAUGGUGAUCCCUUUCAUGAGUGGGGAGGAAUAUCUUCUCAAGAACAUGAUGAAGCUGUCAUGCUUGAGGCUGCACUCUUUGGUGGGAUUCCACAUGAAUCUGCCUAUCAAUUUUCAUAUCCUACUAUUGGAGCUGCAGAGCCUUACAGGAGGCCAGCUCCUCGGCCACCCUCUCCAACCUUGGAAGCACAGAGAUUGAUUCGUGAACAGCAAGAUGAGGAGCUCCUUGCAUCUUUACAAGCCGAUCAGGAGAAAGCUGAGGCUCGGCGUGUAGAAGAGCAGGCAGCAAGAGAAGCUGCUGCAGCUGAAGAGAAGCGUCAAAAAGAGGAGGAACUCAGAAGAUUGUGGGAGGAAGAGGAAUCUGUAAGAAAACUUGAAGCCAAAAAAGCUGCUCUGCCUCCUGAACCAUUGGCGGAGGAUGAAAACGCUGUCACUCUUCUUGUAAGAAUGCCUGAUGGCAGUCGUCGUGGUCGUCGUUUUGUGAAGACUAAUAGGCUUCAGUCCCUUUUUGAUUUUAUUGAUGUAGGUGGCGGUGUCAGCCCUGGUGCCUAUAGACUGGUGAGGCAAUAUCCUAGGCGUGCAUUCACUGAUGGAGAGCAAGGAUCUUCUUUGAGUGAUUUGGGACUGACAAACAAACAAGAAGCAUUAUUUCUGGAAUUGAUCUAAGUCAAAUUGCGAUUAGGUUUAGGAAAGAAAGUGACCAAAUGAUGUAUUUUUACCCCUUAAACUGUGCAAUGCUUAAUUCUUUUAUGUGAGGCUAGAGUGUUACUGCUGGUGCCCUUGCAUAUGCUUGGUUAAGAAAUUUGUUACCAUGUGUUCUUGUGCAGUGAAGGUUUUCUAUUUCUCCAUUUGUUAUUUAAUCACGAACAAUAAAGUGAGGUUUAUUACUCACUAGUAUACAGGCAAAACGUGGAUUGCUUUAUUUGA